AUGGAGAAGGGGAAGCCAUCGAAACUGAAAGGCAUGUUGCUCAAGUUCCUGCCGAAAUCGCCGACUGCAGUUACAUUCCAGAGUCCGCCGAUCAGUCCCAGAAAGGCCACUCCGGGGAAAGCGCUCUUGAUUCCAGCUGCGUCGAUAAUCCCAAAGGAUGCUAGAAGAAGAAUGAAGAAUGGAAGCUUUGAUGCCCGAGAACCUGGCUCACCAAUGGUCUCGUGCAUAGGACAAGUGAAGAACAAGAAGAAAAAGACGAAGCUAAGGCUCAACAGGCAGGACUUGCCUCCAAUGGGAGAAACCAGAUUGGAAGAGAAACGUCCCAAAGAGGUAAAGAAAAAUAGUCAUUCAUCUUCAAAAUUUCAGCUCUUCAAGACAGCAAAACGCGGGCAAAAAUCUGAUAUUGCUGACAAGAGUAAGCCUUUGGGUCUGGAGAAAGUGCCCUCCCUGGCUGAUGUGAAGAAAUUUGCAAGUGGACGCGGUGUACUGACCAACUUCGACUGGAGGGAUCACGGUGCAGCAGUGGUUCCAGAUUGUUCGGAUGAUGAAGAAAUAGAUGGGGUGAAGAAGAAGAUCAUACCCCAUUCUGCACCCAUUGUGCUUGGCAGAAAUGAAAUUGUACUAGAGCCCAAGAAAGAGAUAAACUUGUGGAAGAGAAGAACCACGGCUCCUCCACCACCGCUUCAGCUGAAAAUCUGUUAG